GUGACUGCAGUCAGGUGGUUGCGGGGUUUCCCUUCUCCCUCCCUCCCUCCCUCCCUCCCUCAGUCCCGCUCCGUCUUCCCCCGCUCGCCUCCCCGCCCAGCGUGGCCCGGCCCAGCGGUGGGUCGCCUGGGGAAAGUUGGAGGAACAGUUGCCAGCUGGGGAAGUUUAGAGGCGGGAGAGCCGCAGUCCCGGCAGCCCGUUCUCCCCGCCGGGCCCCGCAGCGCUCCGCUCCGCGGCAGGGCAGAGGAUGGCCGGCGGGGAAGGAGCGGGCUCCGGCGUGCCGGAGUGCCGGGAGCAUCUGUUCAAGGUGCUGGUGAUCGGAGAGCUGGGCGUGGGUAAAACCAGUAUUAUUAAGCGGUAUGUGCACCAGCUCUUCUCCCAGCACUACCGGGCCACCAUCGGGGUGGAUUUCGCGCUCAAAGUUAUCAACUGGGACAGCAAGACCCUGGUGCGGCUGCAGCUCUGGGAUAUAGCAGGCCAGGAGCGCUUUGGAAAUAUGACUAGAGUAUACUACAAAGAGGCAGUUGGUGCUUUUGUGGUCUUUGAUGUCACAAGAGGCUCCACUUUUGAGGCUGUUUCAAAAUGGAAGCAUGAUUUGGACAGUAAAGUACUACUUCCUAAUGGCAGCCCCAUCCCUGCUGUUCUUCUUGCAAACAAGUGUGACCAGAAGAAAGAUGGCAGCCAGAAUCCCUCUCAAAUGGACCAGUUCUGCAGAGAAGGUGGCUUUGUUGGAUGGUUUGAAACAUCUGCUAAGGACAACAUCAACAUAGAUGAAGCUGCCCGAUUUUUGGUGGAAAACAUCCUUGCCAACUAUAAAACCUUUCCUAAUGAAGAGAAUGAUGUGGGGAAACCAAAACUGGACCUUGACCCAUUGAAAGCAGAAAGCAAAUCACAAUGCUGCUAAUGCUCCCACUGUUCGGUAAAUGUGAUGAGAUGAGCAGCAAGACUGUUCCUUAAAUCAGAUUGCUGCUAUUGUGCUGCAUUGUGACCAUCCAUAUGGGCUGUCUGGUUUUAUAUGAAUAGGUGAUUCUUGUGGGUGUUUACAUAUUCUUGUUUAGCAUAAAACUGAGUAUCUUGUGAGUUAUCACUCUACUUGCUUGAGUGGCUGCUUCUAAGUCUGAUUACUGUCUUCUUACUUGAGAACAUAAGGUAGUGUUUAAAAAGGAACAAAGAUGACAUUCAAUGUCUAGGUUGCUUCUGGGACAUAUGCUACAUUCCAAAUAGGACUCACUUAUCAUGGUUUUAGCUGAAUAGGCACUUGCACCUUUACAGUAAGCUUUUCUUUUGUCACCAGUGGUGUCCCACUUGAGGUUGUCUUACCUACACACUUGUCCCUAUUUAUUAUUCUGUACCAUGAGGGUCUGUCUCACUGCUAGUUCUCCUGGAUCAAGACAUUCCAGAAAUCUUGAGGGGGCCAAUGACAGAUGGGAAGGUACCUUUCCUAGUGAGUUCACUAGAACUGAGUGAAGUAGAUGGCUUUUUGCCACUGAAUAAGAGUGAGAUGGGAAAAUUAUUGUACUUAGCAGGGGAGAGGCAAGGUUAUAGAAGUACUAAUAAAAAUGCAUCUCCAGCCUUUCAAGGCAGAAUACUUUCAGCGAAUACUUUACACAUGACACCCAUUAAUGAAUACAGUUGUGCUGCUGGCACAUAGUCAUAGCAACCUCACCCAUAUUCACAUCCAGAUAUAGACAUCCAAUAACUUUUUCAUGCACUAACACUGAAAACUUUAUCAAGAAUGCAAGAAAAUAUCUUUCUGUGAUAAUUAACUUGCUUCUUUUUCCUUCUGUCUUGAGAUGGUUCUGCGUAUCAUAAAGGAGGAGAGAGGUCUUGAAGGAAAUAAGAAACCUCAAGCUCUAAGUUGUUCAGUCUCAAACAGUGCUGCACUCUUCUGACUACUUGGAGCUGGUGAACCGGCUUACCAGUUUGUAAUUCUGUAUACUGCAAUGCCUAUGGUUCCUUGUUAUAACUCAUAUGUAUUUCUGGCAGCAAAUGAAGAUCAAAAGGAUUAGAGAGAUUUCACAGUUCUUGAAUACAUUCUGGAACUCUGGCUCUGCUUGACUGAAAGGCUUUGAAGCUCCUCUUCAUUUUAAGGAUUUCUUCUGUCCUGAUACCUCAUUGCUACUGACUUCAGAAGUCUUAUGUUACUUGUUCUGAUGGUGUUGAUGUUUACUUAAACAUCAGCAUGAAGUAUGUGCCAUACUGGAUAUACUUUAAUCUGUAUUGAGAUUUCCUAGGCUGUCUUUUUUUUUUUCUAAAGAGUAAUGUACUUUUUAAGAGACAAAUAAAUAUAUUUGGGCAUCUUA